AAGCGGAGUUGCUCCAAAGUCGUGCCAUUGAAGUGAGUCAUACAAGUAAAUGGUCGGCAAAAUUUUAGAAGAAACAAGGCAGAGCUGUUCCAGAGGGACAGAGGCAAGCUGAAUAAAGUGUGUCGCAAAAGUGCGUCUUUAAUUCAGAGUAGAGCGUAAGCCGUUGUGAGUCACUCGUAUAUCGACUGCAGUGCUGUUCAAGGCAAACUCGGGAUUUUACUGCGGAAAGUAGGUGACUCGGUGACUUUAGUUUUGAUUUUCAAGUUCGCACUAAUUACACCACUAAGCGCUUUCAAUAACACGAAAAUAAGAGACAAGUCCAGACGGAUAUUCUCGUGUUUUUUUUCCUUGCAGUUUGUUAGCUAAGAUUUUUAUGGACACACGGAGCAAAGUCUUUAACAUUUAUUGCGAUUCUUUCAUUGUUUUUCACAAUAGGGUCGUCUUAUUUAUUUCAUUUUGAAGAAUCAGGAUUUAAUAUAUAUUUUUACAAUAUAUAUUUUUGACUUUUGAGUUUAUUGAUUAUUGCUCUGAAACGUAAAGGGAUUUCCACUGUCAGUUUUCUUUGGAAGGGCUGAUCUUUAAGACGAAGAGACUCUUGAGUGCAUCGCGGCUCUCAUCGUCAACUGAAAUCUCCCUUUUUCUUGGAUCAUGUACCAGGACUACUCCGGGAACUACGACACGUCCUCUCGCGGCAGCAGUGCAUCCCCCGCCCAACCAGAGUCCUUUACAAGCGGCAGCAGCACAAUCGGCAGUCCGAUCUCAACUUCAAAUUACCAGAAGUUCAGGAUCGACAUGCCAGGCUCCGGCAGUGCCUUCAUCCCCACCAUCAACGCCAUCACCACCAGCCAGGACCUGCAGUGGAUGGUCCAGCCCACGGUCAUCACCUCCAUGUCGAACCCUUACUCUCGCUCGCACCCCUACGGCCUUCCUGUGUCUGGGGGGCCUGGGCUCCUGGGCCACACGGCGCUGCCCCGUCCGGGGGUCAUCCGCUCCAUCGGGGAUGCCCGUGGGCGCCGCAAGCGGGACGAGCAGCUCACCCCAGAAGAGGAGGAGAAGCGGAGAGUGAGACGAGAGAGGAACAAGCUGGCUGCCGCCAAGUGCCGCAACCGUCGGAGGGAGCUCACUGAGAUGCUGCAGGGGGAGACGGAGAAGCUGGAGGAGGAGAAGGCUGGCCUGCAGAAGGAGAUUGAGACCUUGCAGAAGGAGAAGGACAAGCUGGAGUUCAUGCUGGUAGCCCACAACCCGGUGUGCAAGCUGCCGCCUGAAGAGAGGCACCAGCCCUGCUCCACCAUGUCCCCGAACCUGCGCGGCUCCCGCAACCCGCUACACCUCCUCAACCCCGUGGUGGUGAAGCAGGAGCCCAUGGAAGAUCAUGAGGACAAGCCCCAGCGGUCUGUUAUCAAGCCUAUCUGCCUGGGGGGGGGCAUCGGCAUCUACUGCCCUGAGGGGGACAGCCUGAACACCCCCGUGGUGGCCGCCUCCACGCCCGCCGCCACACCCAGCACGGCCAACCUCAUCUUCACCUACCCCAAUAUGCUGGAGUCCGAGAGCCCCUCGCCGUCCUCUGAGUCCUGCUCCAAGGCCCACCGCCGCAGCAGCAGCAGCGGGGACCAGUCGUCAGACUCCCUCAACUCCCCUACCCUGCUGGCCCUCUGAGCGGCGUCGCCAGCCUGCAGGGCGGCGACACAGAGCUGGAAGGAGAGAUCGGGACUGGACAGACAAUGACUUCUAGUGAUGGGUGGUUGUCCAAGGCACAUGCCCGCCGUCUACCGCGACCCACAGAACCCCUCAAGGGCUAAGGCGUUCUCCAGAACUUUGGGGUGACCUCUGUGUGCAUCCACAUCAUAGUCUCGCUUCACCCCAAUUCCCAUGUGGGGUCUGCCUCAAUCCUCCCCCCCACCCCCCCGCAGAUGUACCGUGUACUUAUUUUCGACCCGUUACUUGUGUAACGUGAAUCAAAGGAGGUGCAGAGGAGGAAAACCAAAGGCAUUCGCAGGAAGAAGGUGAAUCCCGACUGGUGCACCCCCUCCUCCCAUGCAUACCAUCCCUGGAUUUUUUGGCAGUUGGUGUGUUUUCCAGUCAGGAUGUGAAGGCCACAGAUCUACUUCCUUGGGGUCCAGACUGACCCAGGCGACGCACUACGACAGCGAAAGCUUGCAGACCUCGACCCCCUGGACGUUGGCUGUCAUCAUCGUGGUCCUGAUGAAUCCUUCGUUGUAUUUAUAAUGGGAGUCAGUUGUUUUUGUGUUUUGCUGUUUUUUUUUUCUCUCUCUUGUUCUUCUUGACUCUGGUCUUGCUUGUUCGAGAUAAGCCAUAGGUUCACUGGCUGAGCCUGCGUUUCGUCACAUGGUAAAGGAGCACAGCCACCGGAUUGGUGCAGAGCGACGGUGGACAAACCCGCACGCCCGCCUCGCCCCAUCGGCGCCAGCUCAUCCGUGCUACUUAAAUUAUCGUCAGGGAUUUUUUCCUUAAGUGGAAACUGUUUUUAUUAAGCCCCCCCACCCUUAUGGUGGCAAGACGACACAUUAACAAAGUCCUUUCGAAUGGAGAGGUUGGGGAAGGUGGACAAUGAUGGCAAAACUGCGGUCGGUGAGGAAUUAUGGGCAGAACUUUGGCUUGAAUCUAAGCCCUGUGCGUGCCUGCUGUCGGUUCCACAGCGUCUCAGUCUGGUAGAGACCUGUUGUACUAUGUUCCUAACAAACCGCUCUCUUCAGAACAGUGUUUCCUCUAGUCUGUUAAACUUUUUAAGGUGGUGGGGGUGGGCAGGGUGUUUUGGAUAAGAAAACGAUGAUGUAAUUUUUAUGUCUGCCGUAAGAUGUAUGUUGUUAAAAUAUGGUCCCCUGGUGGUGAUUUGUCUGCCAGGAAAAAUUGUCAUGUGCACUUUUUAUUUUUAUUUCAAUUUUUUUUUUUUUUUGGCAUUUUUUUAAAAGGUUGGUUUGGGGAUAAAAUAUGUGACUCCUACUGCAGCUGGACUGAGAGGAAAUAAGUAAAAUAACCUAAGCAACAGGUUAGGUGGCUAAACCCAGGUUCUGAAGAGAUGCACUAGUGAGCGCUAGGUGGCUAAUCCCAGUCCCUGAGGAGGGGUACCCCUAAGCGCUAGGUGGCUAAUCCCAGUCCCUGAGGAGGGGUACCCCUAAGCGCUAGGUGGCUAACCCUGGGUCCUGAGGAGGGGUGCCCCUAAGCGCUAGGUGGCUAACCCUGGGUCCUGAGGAGGGGUGCCCCUAAGCGCUAGGUGGCUAACCCUGGGUCCUGAGGAGUAGUGCCCCUAAGCGCUAGGUGGCUAAUCCCUCAGUGCACUAGAAAUCUCUAGCACUAGAAGAGGUACCUCUGAGGACUGGGUAUUCAAUCCUGGGCUCUGAGGAGAUACACUUGUGAUCUCAAUGUGUUUGUGUUCUAAUAUGUACUAUAGAAUCUUGGUUUGUGGUUUUAAGGCUUUGAAGUGGGUGAUUGGGUGUUUUAUUUUUUGUUAUUUUCCAUCUGGAUGGGAGUUAAGAUGUCUUUGGGGCAGGGGGGUGGGGGGGGGGGGGGGGGGGGUGGCGAAAUGAACACCAAGCACUGGAAAAGGAUUCAACUGCAAUAUUCAGAGAAAUGAUUUACUUAAAACAUUCCUUGCAACAGAAGAUGGACUGAACUCUGUGUGGAAACUGAAGGGAAGGUGAGACGCUUGCUGCUGUUGACUUGUGAAGGAUUAUUUGUCGGUUUGGGGGAAUUCUGACCCCAGGGACUGUUGCAGCAAGAGCCUGAAUACGGUGACGGAUAGCUUAUAUUUCUGAGGAAUAUACACGUCCCCCCCUCCCCCAGCACAGACGAGAGUUGCAAUCAAAAAAAACCAAAAACGUCAUCGGAGGGAAGGAGGCGUGUAGAUCCUUUUUUUUUCUUUAAUUCUGCAGAAACACGUAGGUAAGCCAUCUGCGAUUCUCAAUCCAUGUCUGCGGUUUGACUUUGGUUUCCUCUUUUCCCAAAUGCUUUAUCUAUUUAAAAACACAAAACCAACAAAAAUAGCAAUAUCUAUGGCAGUGUUUGUUCAUUUAGUAAUUUAAAUCAAUAAACUAAGUUUUUUUUUUUUUUUUUUAAAACCUUUUGGUGUUUUGGAUAACUGUACCUUGCUUGUGUUGUGGUAACGUGAUGGAGUGUCGGUGAACAUUGCGGCCUUUCUGCAGUGUCAGUGGACUCUUCCUCUUUGUGAAUGCACUGUGUCCACUCCCAAAAGCGUCCCCUCCAUACCAUCUCAAUAAUCUCUUUUGUACUCACGGCAAGGCACCUUCCAGGUCUAAUGUUCCUAUUGUCCCCAGCAGAGGGAGCUAUAUUUUGUUUCGUCUUAUAAAUUGCGAUACACUGAUAUGACGCUUUAAAAUAAAAAUAAUAUUUUUAUCAUGUAUCUGAAAUUCAGCUCUGAUUAAUUUCUGGUAUUUUCCCUCGUUUCCUAUAUCUCGUGAAUAGAUUGUAUGUGUCUCCUCGAUUUCCAAAGGUUACCUGCAAAGCGCUAGGUGGAGUAAUUGCGUGAUAACGAGAGGAGGUGCCACCCCAUCAGCACUCCAUUCGUCCUUUCAUUCUUGGCUGUAGUCUUUCCAGACUGUUCCGUUAGUCGCAAUCAGAAUCCAGACCUGCCCUGAAUCUGGCUCCAUCUGCCUCUUCCCAUUCCCUCCCCCAUCUGCACACAGAAAGGCCCCGAGCUGGGGCCCCGUACAUCCAGCGCCCCCUUCACAUCUGGAAGCCCCCUGACACUGCAGGGUCAUACCAUCGGGUACAACUUUUCUCUGACUUUCCAAGUUGUCGUGUGUUGCUGAUAUUGUUUGACCCAUUGAAUUGUUCCCCUUCAAAAAUGUUCCGUACUUCUGUAAAUGCCAUUUUUGUCUGUUAUAAAAGAACUUAAUUUUGCUUUUUUAAAUAAAUGAUCAAAAACAAGA